CCAAUCAGCGCCUCCAAUAGUGAGGAUGUAUGUGUUGUGCGGUAGCGGCUACGAGCAAGCCUCGGUGGGCAGUAUGGCGGAGGAGAGAACAGUGUGCGACUUAAAGGGGCUGAAAAAACAACUAGAGGGUCUGCUGGGCCGCUAUUCUCGUGACGAGCUCUGCUCCGACACUGAACGGUUCUGUUCGGACUUUUGCACGUUGGUGGAGGAGCACGCCGCUCGCUGGCAGCUGCCGCUGCCGCAGCUCACGGUCCUUGAGAUCGCUCUCUGCUACUUCGCUCGGGCCUCCAGCUGCUUCCCUUCAAACUGUGAUCCCGCUCUCCAAACAAUCAGUAGUCUGGCCUUGAGUGUUUUCGAGUUGCUGCUGUUUUUCGACCACAAUGACUUCAGUCAGGAGCCGCUGGAGCGCUUCGCCGCCACAUUCCAGGAAUGUCAUCUGGUCUUAGGAAGGCACCAGAACCUUCACCUCCUUCAGGUGGAGCGUUUGGUUGGGAGUGGGGGGCCGUGGGCCAGCCCGGUCCUACAAGCAAUCCUCAGCCAGUCCAGUUUGCCUCAACAUGAAGUGGAUGCGUACAUCGGCUCUGAGCUGCCCAUAUUUUUCGAGCUUCGGGUUCGCUUCCUUCUGUCCCGUUCUCGCUUCGGCGAGGCGGCGGCUCUGGCCAAACACUGCAUCCGCCAUCCCGGCGCCGGGCAGCACUUGUUCUUUCUCCAGGUCUACCUCACAUGGCUUCACAAAACCUCCCAGCAGGACUGCCUGCACAAAGAGGUGGCGGACGUCAGCGGUAAAGAUGCCGUUCACGUCCUCUGCAGUCUGGAGUCGGACGAGAAAGACGAGCUGCUGUUGGCUCUCGGCACAGCCUUCCUGUCCCAGCAGCUCCGCAGGGGAGACAUGUAUUACCUGUGCGACCUCGUCCUGGUCUGGACGAACCUUCACGGUCGCCUAAAGACGUCCCCGCAGGUCUUCCUGGCAGAAUGCCGACAGCUGAUGAAAUCCGCCACAAACGUCAAGUCCAUAUUCCCCUUCAUCAGAGCCGUUCUGCAGACCGUGGGGGAGGCGGGCGUCCAGUUCUGCAUCGAGCUCUGCGCCAACGCCCUGCAGGCCCGACUCCCGUGUGACGUCACCACCAAGUCCCUCAUCUACAAAACCGUCGCAGCGCUGCUGCCCAACGACCUGGAAGUCUGCCGGGCCUGCGCUCUGCUCGUCUUCUUCCAGGAGCGAACGGUGGAGUCCUACAAGAUGGUGUACCUGCUCUACAUGCUGCCGGAUCAGGAGUACCACGCCGAGGACAGUCCCAUCGGGAACCACGUCCGCUUUGAGACCCUGCAGGUCUUGAAGAAGGAUCUGCACUUCGAUCCAGAGUUCUGGAACCUCAUCGCUCUGCGGACAAACUGUCUGAAGCUGAUGAACAAGAAGGUGGUCAGCCCGGUUCUGGAGGAAAUCAUGGAGGACAGGUGGAUCUCAAAGUACUGCGCCAAAGACCCGGCUCCCAGAUCCGUCUGCCGCGCUAAAGACAAGAGCAAUGUUCUGUCCGUGGCCAAGAAGCGUCACCAGAACCAAACCAGUACCGACGCCGCGUCCAAACGGCUGAAGACGAGCGCAGGGAAAACGCGGCACGACGACCGCGCCACCAAGAGGAGAGGGGCGCGGGCUCUGCAGGAGUCCUCUGCUAGAUCUUUGCGCCGCUCGUUUUGGCAGCUGGACAGAAUACACGGCGGCGUGGCGCUGCGGUAUGACGAGCAGAGACGCACGACCCGGCUGUCGGAGAAGAACCCCCCGAAACGACGGAUCAGGAAGCCCAGGUGGCUCCUGGAGGACUCGGGGGCUCUGGAGGAAAACGUUCCCGUCAGGAUCAAAAGGAAUGGUUUGAAACGGGGGAAGUGCCUUCCAUCGUGUGUCAUGAAGAGGUCCAAAAUGGGUCCAAUGAAGAACGCCAAACCGUUGGUGGCCUCCCAACUCAAGGCGAACCACGGGAACCAGAAUGGGUUCCCAUCGGACGCCGUCUCCCCGCCGAGCCCGCCGCAGGUCAUCCUGGAGCUUUCCCUGCCGGACAACGAGCUGAUGGCCACGUUCACGGAGGACGCCUACACCCGUCCCAGAGGCUUCCCGCAGGUGCUCUUCUACAAAUCCACCGUGAAGCGUGCCGCAGCGCCGUCCCCCGAGAAGACCGCCCACGGAAAAGAGGUGGUCCUCAGAGCGCGGGAUCCCAGCAUGUUUGUGCAGCAGCUGCACUGCUAUGGCCGCCGCCAGAAGGACAAAGGCACUUCCUCCCAGGUUCACGCGUCCGUAUCUACCAUCACGCGGUCCUCGCUGCAGGGAAGUCCCCCUAAGGAUUCCCCGAGAGACCAAACGGCAGAAACGGGGGCCGUCAAAGCUCAAAGUACAAAACCGCCAACGCGGAAAGGAGGUGCAACUGGGGAACCAACGGAAGAGCCCAAACUCAUCCAAGAAAAAGGACUCUUUCGAGCUUCAAGAGAUCUUCAGAACUGCUCUAAGGUGGAGACUUUACCUACCCCAAAGCCUCAGGAUGCUCCUCAGAGUUCACCGGCAAAGCCGUGUGAAGAAUUGGCGAUGAACUCCACCGUCGCCUCUCUGCCUCCACUUUCAGACCGAGUCUCUGAGCCUCAGAAUGUGGAGAACCGACCACAAACGACCAAAGUUUCUGAAGUGAACCAUCCCAUCGGGAUCAACGUCCCCAACGCAGAAGACCAGGUUCUCUGUCAAGAUGGAGAGGAACCGCUCAGGACUUUAUCCUCUCAGGUUGGAAAUCCUUCAGAACAGGAGCAGGAUGACAGAAGCUCCAGAAGAAAGCAGUCUGACCCAGAGGUAUCCCAUGAUGCUUCACAGCAGGACGGAACAGGUGACAUGUCUGUGCAGCCUGAAGGAGAACAGGCGGUGCCGGAGCGAGUCCCUCAGGAGGACAAACGUGGACCUCCGGAGGACAGCGCCUCAGGAAAACCCCGACCGGAAACGGAGCUCAGCCGUCCAGAAGAAAUGAGAACUCCUUUCUUGGCGCCACAGCUCCAUAACAUCAAAGAAGAGGCAAUGGCCCACGAAAUCGGCUUCGACGCUCCAGAAGGCAGCGAGUUCAAGGAGACCUUCCCCGAGUCAGAGGAGUCCAGGCUGGAGUACUGCUGCAUCUUUUGUGAGAAGGACUUCCACGGGUGCCGGGUCGUGGCCCACGCCAUGUUCCAUUACCGCAGAGACGAGUGCAUGUUCUGCGGGACCGUCUUCACCGACGACCUGCUGGCCAUGAUCCACCUGUCCGACCACAUUGAGAAGCUGAAGAGACUGAAGGCGCCUGCAGCGCCGGACGACGACGCCAAAGAUUCACCCGCCGAAGCCAAACCCUCCAACGCAUCCCUCGCCUCUGGAAAGCGCGGGAGACCAAGGAAAUCCUCAACCCCGCAGAAACUGACAGAUUCCGGUCCGUCGGAACCCAGAACUCUCAGGUCUGAUCACAAACAAUCCCAAAAACCUCAAACGCCUCACAGGGUCAAUGGACACAUGAGCAAAAAGUUCAGCAGAUCAAGACGCUCCGUGGACACCAAGGAGGAGCCCGUUCAGCAAGAGAUCUCACUAGAACAGCCGGGUUCUGAAGAGGGUUCUUCAACGUCCAUGCGGGCCGCCAGAAAGUCGGCGUGUUUCAAGGAAGAAGAGAAGACGGAACCUCCAAAGGUCCCAAAGAAAACGCAGAAGGAAAAGAAAACUGUGGAUCCUCUGGAGAGGGCGCGCUGCGCCGUGGUCGGCUGCUCUUGGUCCGCGGACAUUUCCAAGAACCGGGUCGCCCCUCUGUACCACGCUCUGGAGGAACACUACGGCGACACCACGGCACUGCAGCUGGCUUUCCGCGUGGCAAACGGCAAAUGCGGCAUUUGCUCCAGGGUCAUGUUCAGCUUCGAGCACUUUCUGCACCACGUCGGAAGACACAGAGACUCUCCCCGGCACCCGUGCCUCCACCAGGGCUGCGGUGCCAGGUUCAAAUCCGGCAUGGAAAUGAGGCGGCACGCCCGGAGGCACAGCCCUCUGCAGGCCGUGUGCUGCCUGCCCGGAUGCUCCCAGCUCUUCAUCUGCCUCUGGGCGCUCAACCUCCACGAGAAGGAGCACUUCUCCGCCAGGCCCGGAAAGCCCACAAAGAAGGCGAACGUUCAAACCGGCGACAAAACGCCGGCGGGAAGGACGCGCCGCAGCUCAGGAGACUCUUCUGGAGAUCCAGCCGCCAGCGAAGAACCUGCUGUGAAGAUCAAAGAAGAAGGAGCACCCGAGUCGCCUUUGAGGGAAAACGUCAAAGCUCAGAAAGACGACAAAGAUCCGAAGGUGCUGAAGAACCUCUGCAGCCAGGAGGAGCCCGAACAGCCUUCUGCUCCCCGCCUGAGGCUGAGAAGAAGCUCGUCUGAAGCUCACAGAGCUCCUCCGUCGCUGAUGUCUAAACACAGAAGCAAAGCCAGGAACAGGCUCAAGAAACUUCAGGUCAGAGCAAAGUCCAAAAGAAGAAGAGGGCGUCCUCUAAAAGUGAGCACAGCCACCACCGUCGAAAACAUCCACGCAGCCAGAAACCCGUCUAAGGUCAAAACCACGAAGACUUCAGCGGGUGAUUCCAACGCCAACCUCCGGAGGGUCACGAAGCUCCGAGAUCGCAGGAAACCUCUGUCCAACGCGCUGAAGCUGGAAAAGCCGCAGACGAAACUCCACAAGAUCAGAGACCGCCACACGCUUUCCAAGACCAAGAAGAAGAAGACGACCAGAUCUGAUGACGGAUCAUCUGCAAAGAAACCCAGCGGAUCUGCAGCCCCUCGCAGUGACGCUGAAGCUUCCAGCGUUGAUGCUCCCCCCAGCCCGACGCCAAGGACCACCGCGGCGGAGAAGCAGCCUGAGGGGAUCGCUCCUACAACGGAGAAGAAAUCUGGUUUGAAAGAAUCCAGUGAGGUCCAGAAGGAGCAGGAGAAAACAUCUGCCCCCCAAAAAAUGAAACUCAAGCGCCGCCACCAGGCAGACUCUACGGAAGCUGCAGUGGUCCAAAAAGGAGGCGUUGGAGAGUCCAGGACUCCCCCGUCUGCAGACGCCCUGCCCUCUGCAGACGCCCUGCCCUCUGCAGACGCCCUGCCCUCUGCAGACGCCCUGCCCUCUGCAGACGCCCUGCCCUCUGCAGACGCCCUCCCCACUGCAGAAGCCCUCCCCACUGCAGAAGCCCUCCCCUGUGCAGACGCCCUCCCUUCUGCCUCCGCCCUCCUUUCUGCCUCCGCCCUCCCUUCUGCCUCCGCCCUCCCCUCUGCCGACGCCCUCCCCUCUGCCGACGCCCUCCCCUCUGCCGACGCCCUCCCUUCUGCAGACACUUCCACGUCUUCUGCUCCUCCAGACAUCCAGCAGAAGAAAAAGAAAAAAUCAGCAACACGUGAGAAGCAAACGGAGACUAAGUUGAAGAAAAAGGGCAGAGGUGGCGCCGCCUCCACCGCAGUUCAGACAGAGAGCUCUGCAGGCCACGCCCCCGAGACAGACGCUCCGGCCUCCGCCCACACCAUGAACGGGAAAGCGUCAGCCCAGCUGCAGAAGACCUCGGUGUGCAACGAAACCCUCGCUCUGUACAGCAAGAAGCCGUACCUGCGGGUGCCGCCCACGGCGUACCUGGACGAGAAGUACACCGCCAUGCCAAAGCGACGGAAGACGUCUUUCCCGCCGCCGCCUGACAAUGCGGCUUCCCCAGAGCAGACGGCCGCGGCGCCGCCGCAGAGACAGCGAUGUGCCAAGUGUUUCGCCACCUUCACCUGCAGCGAGGAGCUGCGGGGUCACCUGCAGCGGCAGAACUGCUCCAAACUGUUCGGGUUCGAUUCCGACGAGGAGGAGGCCCACAGCUGAGCCUGAACGACUAAAGGGAAAAAAGUUCUGGAUUCUGAACAGACCCCAGUUCUGCCUGCGGAUCGGACCGGAGCAAAGACUCGUGACCCAGAGCUGCAGGGUCAUCCGACUCUCUUUGGGGGGAAAAAACAACCUUUAAAGGUCUGGAAAACUACUGACAUGAACGGAACCAGGUCCGGUUGUUUGUGGGACGGUCCGUAUUGAAGUGCCUGUUCUGGAACCGCCGUGCUGUUCUCCACCUGACGCUGUGGCUCACAGACCGGACGUAUGGAAACUGUGAGAUUAAAAAAAACAAAAAAACUACUAGCAACCAAGCCAUACGGUGAUGUUUGCUUUUUGCACUCGUGAUGCUUUGAGUUCUGGUCGGGGACAGAACCGGUCCUGGAGGUUAGGUGAUCCUCCUUAAGGUCUAAACUCUGAGAUUGCUGUUCUACGGUCUUCUUUAAGAAGUUUUUAAUGUAUAGUCCUUGUUUAAAUACUAAUUGUAUUUCUUGUAUACAAAGACUAUGUUCCCUAUGGGUCUCAUUAGAGCUACGCUGCCUGUUCUCACAGUGAGUAACCAAUAGGGGGCAGUGUGCACCAAUUUUAAUAUUUUCAAUAUUAUUUCCUGUCUGCAAAAAAAGUUGAUGUGGAUUUUUUUCAUUUCAUCAGAAUGCAGAGCAGCCGUAUUUUAUUUUAUUUAGGGGGGUAACGGAUUCAUUUCACUUGUUUUUUUCCCUAUUAAUAAUUACAUUUUCAUCUGAAAUUCUCACUUUUAUCGUUCCUCCUCUUCCUCACAAAUAUCGAUUUUUGCCGUCGGUGCAAACGGGCUAAUUAUCAGUUUGAAUGUCGAUGAAAGAAAAGACGAGGAGGCCGCACGAGUCUUUAGAGAGCAGCAGGUUCUAUUUAUUUAUGUUCUGUUUUCUAUCUUUUGUAAAUAAUUAAACCGUUUCAAUGACUUAAUUGUAUACUGGGGGGAGGGGGGUGUUUAUAUUUUUUUUCUUGGAAAAAAUAAUAAAUGUUUGAAAAAUCAAAAUUGUUUUGGGGUGGAGGAGUUUUUUUUUUUUUACUUUUUUGUUUUGUUUUUUAAAGAUAAGCAAACGGAGAGAUUAAUGCGUGGAAAGAUGGGUCGAGACUUUCAAAAUAAAAGCUGACCUUCGAGUGUU